UGAGUCUUCACCGCUACAUCGUCACAAAGAAAGGUAGGCGAAGAAGAACCACAAAAUGAGCAGCGCUAAAGUGCUACAAAUGAACAUUCGAGGACUCUCCUAAACUCUCCAAGUCGAACUCGUCGACCGACAUCGUUUACUUCCGUGGAAGCUGAAAAUGAAUGAAAUUGUGAUGGAAUCCGAACCUCAGCUAUCAGCAGCCGAAGCUUGGGAAAGUGUGACCGCAGCUCUGAUGUCUCCUGGCUGCCAGGCGGGGGAGCACAACGUCCCGGACUCUGUGGUUCUGUUGUGGGAUCAGGGUUUGGGUCCGCUGCUGGUCAGCUGGUUGCUGGAGACGCUGCAGAUGCGUCUGUCUUCUUCUGUGGUUCCGGAAUUCUGGUCUGGACUCGGGCAGGUGGAGAACGAGCUGGAUGAGAGAGGUCGGGCCUGGGUUCUCCUCGCUGCUUUCCGGACUCUGCUGGAGCGCCUCCAAGUGUUUUUGGUUGGCUUGGAGAGGCUCGGAACCUGGCAGAGCAAGGGUCUUAUCGGACUGGGUGGACCGGAACCCCGGGGCCUCCAGGAACGGGCCUACGCCAUCAUCAGGGCUCUCCUCCUCUUCCCCCCAUCACAGGUUCUCCAAGAUAGAGUGCUGGAGUUCUACAGCAGGACCUUCUCCGUGUAUAUCAAACGAGAGGGGGAGGGGCAGGGCGGGGCCGAGGGUUCUGAUGCUCCAGAGGGGGGGCACUGCCCCGGCUGUGCUGUCCCGGUGGGCGAGUGCUGGUGUGAGGAGGCCCUCAAACAUCUGCAGGAGCUCAGUGACAUUCUGUCCAAAGUGGAGCUGCUGGAGUGGGUCAGCUCAGAUGCCAUCACCUCCAUCCUCCACAGGCUCAUCGAGCAGUGGAUGGAGCAGCACUGCAGGGGCGAGUACGAGCGCUCCUUCCUGCUGGACUUUCAGGAGUGGCUGGAACUGGUGGUGGGCUGGCUAGGUCGAGUGUUUGCCGGCCAGGAGAUCCGUGAGGGUCCCGGUGACCGGAGCGCUCCAUCUUCCAGCUCGGUGCUGAAGCAGUGGAGAUGCCACAUGCAUCAGUUCUUCUGCAGGAUCUACGUCAACAUGAGGAUCGAAGAGCUCUUCAGCAUCAUCCGAGACUUCCCAGAAUCCAAAGCCGCCAUUGAAGACCUCAAGUUCUGCUUAGAAAGAACCAACCAGCGCCAGCAGCUCCUCACCUCCCUCAAGUCCACCUUUGAGAGCCGUCUGCUGCACCCCGGCGUUCACACGUCUGACAUCAUCACCGUUUACAUCUCCGCUAUCAAGACGCUUCGUGAGCUCGACCCGUCCAUGGUCAUCCUGCAGGUGGCCUGCCAGCCCAUCCGAAAAUACCUCAGGACGCGUGAGGACACGGUGCGGCAGAUCGUGGACGGUCUGACAGGAGAUCCCGUGACAGGCUGCACCGAUCUGGCCUUUGAGCUUUCCAGAGGCGACCCGGUCACCCUGGAGAUGCAGGACAGCGAUGAGGAAGGUGGCGACCCCGAGGGCUGGACCCCGGACCCCACCGACGCCGUGGCCGACAAGACGGGCUCCAAGCGGCGCUCGUCCGACAUCAUCAGUCUGCUGGUCAGCAUCUACGGGAGCAAGGACAUCUUCAUCAACGAGUACAGAACCGUGCUGGCCGACAGACUGCUGCAGCAGCUCAACUACAACACCGCCAGGGAGAUUCGCAACGUGGAGCUGCUGAAGCUUCGCUUUGGAGAGUCGCACAUGCAUUACUGCGAGGUCAUGCUGAAGGACAUGGCCGACUCUCGCCGCAUCAACAGCAACAUUGGCGAGGAGGACUUGAGGUUAGGGGAGGAGCCUGCAUCCUCGUGGCUGUCGGCCAUCAUCAUGUCGUCUGAGUUCUGGCCGCAGUUGAAGGAGGAGAAGCUGGAGCUGCCGCCUGCCAUCAGCCACGCCAUGGAGGCCUUCACGCGGCGCUACGAGAAACUGAAGGCCAUGAGGACGCUGAGCUGGAAGCCUCACCUGGGCUCCGUCACGCUGGACGUGGAGCUGGAGGACCGCACGCUGAGCAACCUGACCGUGUCGCCCAUCCACGCCGCCAUCAUCCUGCACUUCCAGGACAAGAGUUCAUGGACGUUGGAGGAGCUGAGCGUGAAGCUGAGCGUUCCCAAAGAGGUGGUCCACAGGAAGCUGCUGCUCUGGCAGCAGCACGGCGUGCUGCGGGGGGACGGCGGCGGUCGGUACAGCGUGCUGGAGACGGGGUCCACCACGGAGAAGAUGGAGAGGGGAGUCAUGCUGAUCGACAGCGACGAGGAGAGAGACUCCAACACCACCACGCAGUCGGAGCAGCGGGAGGAGAAGCUUCAGCUCUUCUGGGCCUACAUCCAAGCCAUGCUGACCAACCUGGACAACAUGACCCUGGAACGCAUCCACUCCAUGUUGAGGAUGUUUGUCGCCACGGGGCCCGUCGUCACGGAGAUGGACGUCAACGAGCUGGAGGCCUUUUUGGAGAGGAAGGUCAGGGACCACCAGCUGAUGUUCUCCACAGGAGUCUACAGACUUCCCAAGACCACGUGAUGCUGCAUUCAGGCGCUGCUAGCAUGUGUGUUGACAAAGUGUAAUGCGUGUUGGAGGUAAGGCUUUAUUGGACAUUAAAACAACAACGCUACUGAUGG